AAAAUCUUUGUCGGAACAAGAAAAAAAAACAGUGAAAAUGGUAAGCAAAAAUCUUACGACGACGUUGCUCCUCUUCACCACCUUUCUCUUCAUUUCCGGAUCAAUCUCAGCCGUUCAUUCCUCUCCACGACUUAACGCAACGACCAAAGAUCUAGAGUUCGUCCGAACAAGCUGCAACGUCACUCAAUAUCCAGACCUCUGCUUCAAGUCUCUCGCGGGCUACGCCUCCACCGUUCAUGAAAGCCCGGCGAGGCUAACCAAAGUCUCAGUCGAUGUUGCGAUUUUAGAAGCUAAAUCAACGGUUGUGUUUCUCUCCAGACUCUCGCGGUCCGCACCCGAAGUCAAAAACUGUGUUUCUUACGUAAGAUACGCAUUAGACUCAAUGAGAGAUGAUUGUCUCCCAAUACUACGAAACAUUAUACGUGGAGGCGGCGUCGCGGCGGCUCCGUCACCGGCUGCUCCCCCGUCCUCGGAGGUGUUUAGUAAUAAGAUGGAUGACGUGAUUACGUAUAUGAGUACAGUGAUUACGUUUGAGGAAACGUGUACGGACGAAUAUGAAGAUGAAGAAGGAAAGGUCAAGACUGUUGUUUGUGAUCGGGUGAACAAACUGAAAAUGUUUUCUAGUAUUGCUCUUUCCCUUGCGAACAGUUUAGCCAAGAAUGGAUCUUCUCCAUGAGAUUAGAUUAUGAAGAUUUUUAAUUUUUAAUUUUAUCGGUUAGUCGGAUAAUUUGUUCUUAUAUUGUUUAAGGUUUCUUUUGAUAAAUUAAUAUAUUAUCGGUUUUAAUAUUAAAAUUGUCAUUGUUGUGUGUAAAAUUUGAGUUGUUACUUCUAAAAUAUAGUGGGUUCAACGGUUUAUGCUUCAUUAUAUUGUCUCUAUCUGUGUUUAAAAAGGCGAUCGCCUUUUGCGCAAAGGCGCAAGGCGCAGUAAGGCGACGGUCCCACCGCCAUAGACCUCUAAGGCGAGGCUAAGUCCGUAAGGCGCUCGCCAUACUGCGCCUUUGGCUUAACUACAAUGCGCCUUAAGCGCUUCAAAAGCGUGCUUUGUAGUUUCUAUUAAAAACUACUUUCACCAAACCCUUAAAACAUCUUGAAAACCAUGUAACAACUACUCUGACCAACCCUUUAAAGACCCUUACAACAUGAAGCUUAGAUUUUUAGUUUUCAAGUUCUCUGUUUUAGUUAUUGGAUUUUAUCAAUGAGUAUAUAGGUGACUGUAUUAGUGUGUAUAUGACUAACUGGUAUAGCUGACUAUAUUAGAUUGUACACGACUCUAACUGUC